UAGAAGUAAGCGCUGCAAAGCAUUUCCGCUCAUGUUGACUUUACGACAUCCGUGUGCACUUUACGGCACGGAUCGGUCGGAAGUUCGGUAACCAGGGAAACGCUUGGAGGUUUUGCAGCCGGAGGGAGACGAAACCGCGACUGACGGGCCGCGCGCGGAGCACGGAACAGGCUCGAACAAAAACAAGCGCAGAAAGCGUGGUGUGAGCUGGUCUGAGGUCAGCGCUGAUGGCGGACAGGUGCGGCGCUCAGGUGUUCUGACGACGCUCGCGCUCAGAGCCGCUCCAUGGAGGUCCGUAAGCCGGUUCUGGAGCUGAAGGACGUUCCUCCGCCGCCGCUGCACGGUCCCGGUUCGCACCCGUGUCUCGGGCCGCAGGCGCCGCCGGGCAGCCUCAGCGUAAGCGUGUGUUCGUGCUGCGCAGCCAGCGUCCAGCUGCGGCAGGGUGCAGGCCUUCCUCUGUACCGGUCUCCUCCUCAGGCCUCGGCUGCGCAGACCCCCGCCGGCUGCGGGACACACUGCUGCGCCUGCGCCGUGCACUCUUUCACUCUCGGUGACCCGUCCUCACCCCCUCACCUCUGCCCUCACUCUGUGCACACUCACUGUCUGCAGGACCGCUGGAGGAAGAGUUUACACGUGGACUCGGAGAAGGUUUGGCCGAACAUUCCUCCGCCGGCCCCUGUGUGCAACGGCUGCAGUGACGGUCUGCUGGGGGUCCGCCUGGGCAGAGCUGUGCAGAAAUACGGUGCUCCGGAGGAGGCGCUGCCGCCCAUCGGGGUGUUCUGGGACAUCGAGAACUGUGCGGUGCCCAGCGGGCGCUCGGCGGCGAGCGUGGUGCAGAGGCUCCGGGAACGCUUCUUCCAGGGACACCGUGAGGCCGAGUUCAUCUGCGUCUGUGACAUCAACAAAGAGAACAAGGCCGUCAUCCAGGAGCUCAACAACUGCCAGGUGACCGUCGCACACAUUAACGCCACCGCCAAAAAUGCAGCAGAUGACAAACUGCGGCAGAGUCUCCGGAGAUUCGCAGAGACGCACGCCGCUCCUGCCACGGUCAUCGUUGUUUCAUCGGAUGUGAACUUCGCCAGUGAGCUGAGCGACCUGCGACAUCGACACGGCUUCCAGGUGAUUCUGGUUCACAAGAGCCAGGCCUCGUCUGCCCUGCUGCAGCAUGCUCACCUGCGAGCCGCCUUCGAGGAGUUCAUCUCGGACCUUCCACCCGGGAUGGUGGUCAAAUCACAGCCCAGUUUCAGCCUUCUGUUUGUGCACCACCUCCCCACGCACCGCGACUCCAAGGCGGUGGCCAACCGUCUGCAGCGUCUCUCCACUAACUGUGGAGGGAAGGUGUUGGGCGUGUCGGGCGGCUGCGCCGUACUGCGAUUCUCCAGUGCUGAGGCGGCCGAGCGCGCCCGCAAGCGCAUGGAGAACGAGGACGUGCUGGGUCAGCGCAUCGUGCUGUCCUUCUCUCCGGACGGACCGGAGGAGGAAGAGGAGCGCACCGCUGCCUCCGCCGUGUUCCUGCCGGUGGAGAAGCCUCGCUCGCCCCGGCGGCUGCGGGCCUCUCGCUCCUGCCAUGGCGGAAGCCACGCCCCCGAGCGCCCCUAUAGCCACGCCUCCUCGUGCAGCCCUGUGACGAGGCCCCUCCCCCAGGCUGUGAGUACUGUGACCCGUACUGCCAAUGCAUCUCCUCAGAGUCUCACUGUCCCGUCUGCAGCUGGUAAACCAGCAGAGCAACAACAGCGCAGUCGCAGGCGGGACUCUCCUGCACAGCCAUUUCAGGUCAGCACUCCUUCAGCGUUCAGUAAACUAAGUUUGCAGCGGAGCUUCAGUCCCAUGAUGCUCUCUCAGAGCUCUUGGUCAUCACGGAGCGCAUCUCCCUGCCUGUCAAACCGCUCGUCUCCUCUAAGCGCUCCGUCUCCCAGCGGCUGCGCAGAUGAGCCCUUCUCUGACGGAGUGGACGUUCAGGUCACUAAUCUGGACUACAGGAUGUCACGCAAAGACCUGCAGCAAAUACUGAGAGAUGCCUUUGCUAAACAUGGCAGAGUGAAGAGUGUGGAUCUCAGUCCUCACACAGACUAUCAGCUGAAGGCUCGGGUGCACAUGAGUUCUCUCCAGCAGGCCAUCGGAGCGGUCAGCCUGCUGCAUCGCUAUAAAAUCGGCAGCAAGAGGAUUCAUGUGUCUCUCAUCACCGGAGCCAGUAACAAGUCUCUCACCUGUCUCAGCUCCGAGAUCAUCAGUAUCCUGCAGGACGCUCCGGCCAGCUGCCUUCCGCUCUACAAGUUUACGGAGACUUACGAGAGGAAGUUUGGUCGUAAGCUGGUGGUCAGUGACCUGUACCGGCUGCCGGAGGUGGUGUGUGUGCGUGAGCAGGGCAGCGGGCGGCUCGUGUGUCUUCUGUCCAGCACUCAGGCUCGGCAAAGUCCGCUAGGAUCAGCUCACUCUCAUGACAGCUCCAACACCGCUAGUCCGGUUCUGUUUGAGGAACUGGAGUACCACGAGCCCGUCUGCAGAAGACACUGUUCUCAGCAGGACUUCAGUGAAUCUGAUUUUGAUCCAGAUUCUUACAUGAUCCCGUUUGUUGUGGUGUCUCUGAAAACUCUGGCUGCUCAUGUCCACAGUUUACUGCAGAGUCACGAGGGAACUGUACCUCUCCUCAGUUUCCCAGAAUGCUAUGCAGCAGAGUUUGGUCCUUUAAAUGUUGAAGAGGAGGGAAAGCUGGAGGGAAGCGUGCCAUUAGAGCACCUCAUCACCUGCAUCCCUGGAGUCACUAUCGUAACAGCCCAGAACGGCUUCAAGAUCAUCAAGUGGAUUCACAACAAACCCCCGCCACCCAAUGCAGAUCCGUGGCUGCAGCGCAGUAAGAGUCCGGUUGGGAACCCACAGCUGAUCCAGUUCAGUCGAGAGAUGGUGGAUCUGAUGAAGAACCAGCCAUCCUGUUUGAUGCCCAUCACAAAGUUCAUUCCAGCAUAUCACCACCAUUUUGCCAAACAGUGCCGUGUGUCUGACUACGGAUACUCCAAACUGCUGGAGCUGCUGGAGGCCGUUCCUCACGUGCUGCAGAUCCUGGGUCUUGGCUCCAAGCGCUUGAUGACUUUGACCCAUCGUGCUCAGAUCAAACGCUUCACUCAAGACCUGCUGAAGCUGCUGAAGUUUCAGGCCAGUAAACAGGUGGUGAUCAGAGAUUUCACGCAGGCAUAUCAUUGGUGCUUCUCCAGGAACUGGCAGGUGGUGGAUUAUGGGAUGUGUGAUCUGAUGGACCUGCUGGCCGAGAUUCCAGACACGACGAUCACGGUCUCUCAGCAGGACAGUGACACCCUCAUCUCCGUUCCUAAGAGAGAGCGGACAGCGGAGGAGCUGGAGCGCACGCGGCAGUUUGGCAAGGAGGUGGUAGAUCUUCUGAGACAUCAGCCUCACUUUCGCAUGCCCUUCAGCAAGUUCAUCCCCACGUAUCACCACCAUUUCGGGCGUCAGUGCAAGCUCUCUUACUAUGGCUUCACCAAACUCAUGGAGCUGUUUGAGGCCAUACCAGACGUCCUUCUGGUGCUGGAGUGUGGUGAGGAGCGGCUGCUGGCGCUGACGGAGGUGGAGCGUGUCAAAGCUCUGGCGGCUCAGCUGGUGAAGCUGCUUCGAGCCCAGAGGGACUCGGGCCUUGCUGUGAGUCAGCUGCUGAGUGAAUAUAGCAAGACGUUUGGCUACAGCCUCCGCCUACAGGACUACGAUGCUUCCACACUGCCCGCUCUGCUCAGCAAGCUCUGCCACGUGGUAAAGGUGGUGGACACUUCUGAAGGGAAACAGGUGCAGCUGAUUAACAGGAAGUCCCUGCGUGCCUUGACGUCGCAGCUGCUGGCACUGAUGAUGUCACUUCCUGAGGAUUGCGAUCAGCUCGCAGUGGAGGAUCUGAGGAAGCGGUACGAGCUUAGCUACAGUGCUCCGCUCAACCCCUGCGAGUAUGGCUUCAUCUCUCUGCCCGAGUUGCUGAAGAGCCUGCCUUACCUGCUGCAGCUCUCUGGAGACGAGCGGGACGAUGGUAGAGACGAGGAGAACGUAAGGCUGACUAGACUCUACCAGUUCGCCCGUGAUGUCCGUGCGCUGCUGCACACCUACCAUUAUAACCAGAUCUUCCUGUCAGAGUUCUGUGGCGCUUUCAGCAAAUACACCGGCCGAGAGUUUCAGCCGCAGACGUAUGGCUACAAGACGCUGGAGGAGCUGCUCGCCGCCGUGCCUCAGGUGGUCUGGAUUAAAGGUCAUGGUCACAAAAAGAUCAUCGUCCUGAAGAACGACAUGAGAGCUCGUGGCAGUCCUGCAGUCACUGCAGAAGAGCCUGGUCCAGAUGAAGAGCCCUGCGCCGCCGACAGCCCCGCCAGCGGUGAGAUGGAGCUGCUAUGUCUGGGCUCUGGUUCUCCAGUAGAUCUGCUCUGUGCUCCGGUGCCCUCCUGCCUCCCAUCUCCUCAGCUUCGGCCCGACCCGGUUCUUCUGCAGCCCAGGGAUCUGAUCCGCUUCGAGCGAGAGCCGGUUCAGGAUCGUCAGCCUCGGUCGUCCAGUGCUCUGCUCACGGCUUUGGCAUCUGAGAGCGGCUCAGAUCAUAGUGUGAGCGACUCGGUGGAGUCCUCCAGCACCAAAACAUCCGUCACAGACAGCCCCGGCCGGCGGAACACACGCAAGGUUAAACUAGCGGCUAAUUUCUCCUUUACUUCCACCCUACCAGUCUAAAGCUGUGUGCGUCACAAAACCGCUGGCAUGACAAAGGAUUUAUGUGAAGCGUGUUAUUCUGAGGCUGACGGACGUUGUGUGUUCAGUUGGUGACUCUGAUCUGUUUGAGCUUGUGUUCUUCAGUCGUGUUUGUGAGCCGCUCCUCCGUGUGCGAUUGUGAAUUUUUUUUUUUCCGUUAUUACAGUCGCUCAUUAUGAGGCGUUAGUAUGAGGCCUGAAUCAUGCAGACCGCAGCUGUCGCUCUGAGCUGCUGUGAACAGGAACUGUGAAUCGUGACGCUCUCGUCCAAACCUUCAUUAGGUGAAUCUGCUGAGGCGUGCCGUCGUGUCUUUUGUUUGCGACGUUAUUUGUGUUGUUUGAAGCACAUGGGCUCCGUGUGAUGAAAUGGAAGAAUGACUUGCUGGAAGUUCACUUUAUUCUUUUCCGCUCUGAGAUCUCAAGCGCUCACAGAUGCUUUUGUGUUAGUCUGUUUCAGAGCCAGAGCCCAACACCAAAGGGCCUUCCACCCUUUUAACUGAAAUUUUUCGAAGCUGCCCGUCUCGAAUCACUUACGUUCGUAUUGGGAAUGAAGUCUGUGUUUAUUGAAACUCUUACAGGAGUGUUUAGUUUAAAAUCGUCUCGGCUGCUCAUUGGAGGAGAUUCACACUCAUCUUACAGUUUCAUUGGCGUCCAGAUGCAUUAUGAGAGUCUGCAUAAAGACGUUCAGCGGGCCAAAGAGAAAAGCCCUCGUGUUCUGCAGGCCGAGGCAGUUUGUGGCUUUUACAUUUGUUUUUUUUCUUGGUCCAAAAGUUGCUUUUGAUAGUUCUAUGCACAUGGUGCAUAAACCCUUGUUUGAAAGCGGUCGUUUGAGUCGCUGCAGGCUUUUACUGCGUUUCUUUUUAUGCGUUUUGGCAGAGUCGUGCUAAUUAGAUGAUGCUAAUCAGUGUAGCUGCUCCUCUGGAAAUGCCAAGGUUGUUUACUUGAACCUUGAGUUGGCGCGUUCAGUUGCGGUUUGCUCUCCGAUGGCUUUUACAAUGGCUUGUAUCAGCCGCAGUGCUACGAGAGCGAGACGCCAGCGCGAGACUCCGCUUCUGCUAAUGGCUUUGGGUCACAGUGAAGUUGAUUUGAGUAAAUGUGUUUUUUGUUUUGAGUGUUUCGGCUGGCAGCGACACGAGGUCCUCGGACACCUGCUGUCCGUGAGAGUAGCCCGUAUCGUGGUUGUGGAGCGCAUGAGUUUGUUUCUUUAAGGAUGGCUCUCUUUGGCCCUCGCAUCUGUUGGCCGUGUUCUUGGAAGCUUUCUGAAUGGUACCAGCUGAAACUGAGCUGAAGUACGUGUGUCUGUGAUUUUAUGCAUGUUUGCAUAACGUUUGCCUCAUGCUGUUGAUUGGAAAUAUUUGAUUCAGAAAUGUGUGUGUGUGUGUGUGUGUGUGUGCGUCUCUGUGUCUCUCGUCUUUAGUGUUUCAGUGUUAGUGUGUGUGCUCUCACUUCUAUCAGACGACCACAGUGAACACAAGUCUCUCAGAUUGUGAUGUCAACUUCAUGAUCUUCAUGUGAAAUAAUGUGGACGUUCAGCCUCAAGACACUGGAGGUCUUGUAUGAUUUUAGUCUCCACCAGAAAGUGCUGUUAGGAGGUUUUUUUAUUUCUAUGUAAUGACCAAAUUUCUGUCAUGUAUAAUAAAUAUCACUAGCAUUA